AGGGUCACUUUUGGUUUCACUGUCCAUUUCAGGUCCGCUGCCUAAGAACAGAUUCACUUCGUCAUCACUGUCAAGAGAGGGCAACAUCUGGGCUGCUGAAAAGCGUUUCUUACGAGACACCAUUACAAGGCUAGGAGGAGACGUGCCUGCACCAUUGCUCAGAGGAAGAAAAAGGAAAGUUCUGCUUCCAGUAGUUGAUAUACAUCAUGGAAGAGAUGUGCCCAGUUAAACACGAGCCCCUUAGGUUUGGAUAUAAGUGUGAAGAGGCAGACACAGAAGAGGGGAGUAAUAAGGAGAAAAAGGAAAAUCGCACACGACACGUGGACCUUCACUUCAGGAAUCCCUUGGAGAAAAGACGCGUGGACGUUAAGAAAGAGGACUGUGAAUGGGAGUCUGCAUGCCUUCCUCAAGAGUUAUGCAGAAUUAAGGAGGAGGAUUGUGAAGCUGAGGUAACUGAUAUUACAGAAAUCUUAGAGCCCACAUCUCAUAGCAUUGACCUGCAGAAAAAUGAAAUUCUAAGUAAUGUGAAAGAAGAAGACCUUAAACAGGAGUGCGUCUCCCAGUAUGUGUGUCCAGAGGCGACUGGUUCAGGCCUCACUCUGAGCAGUCAUCAGUCCAUCCAAGUGAAGUCAGAAUGUCUGCAGUCUGACAUGAAGGGAACUGAGAGAGAAUUGGGUUCACGUCCUUCAGGAGAAGGUUCUCAGGACAAUGAUUGCAUCAGACUAUCAUCACUUCCUCAGUCGUCGUUACAGUGCAAAGUACGGCAGAGUAAAAAAGUGAAGACAUUGACAGCUGAAUCAAGAACUUUAACACUGGCCACUUUGCAGUAUAAUUCUGUGCCUACUGUCACACAAAUAAAAACUGACACAGUAAAAGUUGAACAGCAGCAGAGUGAAGAUGAUCAGCAGAACUGUACAAGACUGAAUCUCUACCCCUGUUCUGAAUGUGGGAAACAGUUCUCCUACAAAAGCCAACUUAAGGUCCAUACAAGAAUUCACACUGGAGAGAAGCCAUAUCGCUGCCCUAUAUGUGGCAAACGAUUCUACACCACUAGCAGUCGUCAGUUACACAUAAGAACUCACACUGGAGAGAAGCCAUAUUCCUGCUCUGACUGUGGCAAACUGUUUUCUCAAUACAGUGGUCUUCAGAUCCACAGAAGAAGUCACACUGGAGAGAAACCAUACUGCUGUUCUGAAUGUGGUAAACAGUUUUCUGCCAGUGGCAGUCUUUAUAAACAUGCAAGAAUUCACACUGGAGAGAAGCCAUAUUGUUGCUCUGAAUGUGGUAGACACUUCACUAACAGUGGAGCUCUCCGGAUCCAUACAAGAACUCACACUGGAGAGAAGCCAUAUUGCUGUUCAGAAUGUGGUAAAACGUUUGCUAGAAGUGGAACACUUCAGAACCACACUAGAAUUCAUACUGGAGAAAAGCCAUAUUUCUGCUCUGAAUGUGGCAAACAAUUCUCCAUGAGUAGCAGUCUUAAGAAGCACACAAGAACUCACAAUGGAGAAUAGACAAUCCCAGGAUGACUCAUUUCACCACUCCUGCUCUGCCUAACAUUAAAAUUCACUAAGCACUCUUCUCCGUAACUUCAGCCAAGGAUUUGAUAACGGGCACCCGAAAUCAGCCAAUCCCAUAGACUGCCACACAGAUCCUGUUUUGUUGAUGAUUUGAAGCUAUUCAGACCCAGUAACCAGAAUAGCUUCACUUGGUAAAGAAAUUCUCACAAGACAUCCAGAUGACAUUCAGGCUGGGUAAGUGUGCCAAGGCAAACCAGUAACAGCAAAAACAACAAAUUGGAUGAGGAACAUACAGGGUGGGGCAUAAAGAUCUCCCACAUUUUGAAGGGGUAUAAAAAAUUGUAUAUAUUUCUGAAAACUACAUAAAAACCAUUUUGUUUUAAUGGGUUUUAAAAAUAUCAGACAAAUGGCGGUCAUUGUUCCUUGUUUACGGCUCCACUGAUAUGGAAGUGAGCCUCAUCGCUACUCAGAAGAACAGCUGCAGCAGGAACUCGUUCAAGAAUUUCCACGCUUAGGGCUCUGUGGUGGGCAUGAUCUCUCUCACUUAUUUUUUAAGAAUACAGUUUGAAAUCGGCCUCCUAAAAUGGCGACUUGAUAUCCCUAGUACCAUGGGUGGAAUGAGUGGAACGCCUUGGCAAUGGCUGAAUGGAUGCUCUUACUGCUUCCACAUUUUCUGGCAUUGUGACGGUCCUUGGUCUGCCAGGGGAUUUGCUUUUCAGUGUGGACCCAGUUGCUCAAAGAUCAGAAAUCCAUAGCAAAAUCGUUUUCCGAUCCGGUACAAAUGCAUUUUGACCGAGCACGAAGCGUGUACAGAAUGUUCUGUCUGCGUCACUAUCACAGAACAGUUGUUCUCGUACUACACUUGAUGUUCACCAGUCCAGCUCAUGAUGGGGACUGAAAAUGGCAGAGCCUACUGUAUCUUACCCAAUGAGACCUACCCCACCUCUCCACCCCCACUGCAGCUCACACGGUUCUCCCGCAAAAUGGGGAAGAUCUUUAUGCCCCUCCCUGUAUUAUCAGAAAUCUCAGCCUAGAAGAGACCUACAAAUAUCUGGGGGUAACUGAAGGUACAGACCAUCACAUACUUCAACAUGAAGCCAAGAAACCAAAAGCAACAUCAAUUAUUAAGUUUGCCAAACAUUCAGAAGAAACAAAGCCACCACACCAUGUGCACAGACAGCAGCAGUGCUAGACAGUGAAAGCAAGAAUACCAAAGAAUUGACAAACAGAAGAGGAAGAGCAACUGGAAAGACCACAAAUAUAGUGAAAAAUAUGCAGACCUCCUGCUCCAGCUCCAUGUAGAACAAGAGCUGACCCAUGGCUGGCUUACAAGGAGCGAGUUAAAUUCAAGGAGAUCUGAGAUGAGCCAGAUGGAGAAUAAAAAUCACUGAGACUGAGGUGAAAAUAAAAGUCCAGACUCAUCCAGACGCCCUCCCAAUUACCUUCACUCCAUAUGAAUUACAGAAGGAAGCAUUCUUAGGCACAAUGUGAGUACAACGCCGAGCCCUGGCAGCAAAGCUAUGAACAGAAGCAGUGCAAAAAUCAAUCCAACAAAACACUUCCAAGAGUUGAGAGUACGGUUCAACCCUUGCCCUGAAAGUAAGCAAACUAAACCAUUGUUGGGAGAUUAACCCCUGAGAGAAGUCAAAAACAGCUGGACAAAGCCUGGAUGAUUGACAUUUCAGUGACAAAAUGACUAGUCAGUUGUGGAAUAAAACCACCAAAACUGUGCUAAGAUGUGGAUUAACUAACAGGACUUGUCAAACAAAUCUUCCAGAUCGGUCUAGACUCCUACCAAUGGCCAUCACCCCAUACAAUCUGCAAAAGGAGGCAUUAAUGAGAAUAGUCCUGGUGUUACACUGAGCCACGGGAGACAGUUUCAGAAUUUAACAAUAGCAGUGUUACAAAAAUCAUGUUAUGUUAUUCACUCCGGACCUGAUAGUAAGCACCAAGCCAUGAGAAACUAACCCAAGAAGAACCUUUUCAAUGGUGCGAUUGAAAAAAAAAAAACAGCAAAUGGCUUCAUCGGAGCCUAGCUGUCCUGCCCGUUACCACCAUCCUCUAUGAACUACAGACGUCGGCACUACUGGGCACCAUGCGGAUGCCGAGCCGAGCCGAGCCUCUGUGGCAAAUUUAAAAUGCAUCACUGCAACAAAACAAAUCAGAACUUCUAAGGAAAAAAACUCCAAAUUUCAAACCUAGUACGAAUGUAUUAAAAGCAUUUCUUUUUAAAUUACUGUGUUAGAAUCAAAGACGGAAAUUCUGCUGUGUGAUAGCUCUACAGUGCUGGGACAGGCACUGAGAUGGACUAAAAGUGCUGCCUGAAAGCUACACCACAACAAAAGAUGAUUUUAUACUAAGCUGACAUUAAAGAAUGGAUGAGCACAGGCGGCUUUGGCAGCAGACCCCAACUAAAUGAAGCAGCGGUGCUUGGGUUACCGGCGCUCUCUAGCACCCAACCAGUCUCAGUGUGACCGAGGGGCUCUCAGUUGGACGGUUAUGGAGGGCCACAAUUCACGAGUCCCAGUGUGGAGCAGCAUAGCAGUGUGUCCAGGGUGUAGCCGCUGAGGUCUUCGCAAUGCCUGGUAUGCUCUCUACAUCGCCACUGGAAGAGCAUUUGAUUUCAGUCAGGAAGACAUGCCAAAAAUUAGAAGAUGGUGGUGUCUUCUCUUACUUCGCAAAGCCAGCAUUAAAGCCAAGACUUCGGUCUUCACUUUCCACACGAGAAGAAGGACAUUCUGUGCCCCAUGGGCAGUGCUUCGUAAUUAUCAGUUGAAAAGCUUUCUGACACUAAUUUUAAAUAUUAGAACUUCACAAAAAGACUUUGACCAACUGGUCACACAGCAGGUCUCCAGUGAGGCUGUCAGUAACUUGUGUCUCUCGUCAGCCCUGUGGUGUGUCAGUGGCGUUAUGGGGGCAGAGAAUGGUGGUCUUAAAAAUGAGUGUUUUGUGUGCUUGUGCUCUAACUGAUUUAUUAAAUGGCAAUUAUUUCUGCUUCCAGCAAUUCCAGACAGGAUAGGAAAGAGUAAGGACUUCUCUCCCCCACCCUUCUUUUCCAUUACUAAAGAAUAUGAAAAUGUUGACUGAAUUAUUUAUGCCAGUGCAAUCUUAUUAAGCAUAUUUAUGGUUACAUUUAGUUGUUAGCAAAUUGUAACUCACAAAGGCACAGUCCUGUCAUUCAGGUAUGUAGUGAAAUGAUUCUUAUGGCACAGCCAAUGCCUUAAAGGUGAUGACUUUCUUUUUCCUUUUCAAUAUCAUUCAGAAAUCAACCAGUCCAGAAUGGAGUGAUUGUUUGCUUCAGGUAAACACUUUCCAUUAUGUAUCACUUUUUAGAUGUAGCAUUUCUAUUGUAAUAUGUUUGGGUGAAUGUUUCAGCAGUUUUUAAAGCAUGCUUACUAAACUGGGAACAAUUAAAUGACAUAUUAUUUGAAAUGAUGAUAUUUGGCCUUCACAAGUGACAAUGCUGUGGUAAUUGGACUCUUUGUCUUUCAGGGACUCACUUCAGUACAAUUCCAGUAGACGUUCAGAUUGAACUGAAAUGGGUCUUACAGCAAUGUAUUAGUAAAUAAAAAUGAAUGCUUUUUUCACUACAGAGCACUUAGUCAUUUUGAAUUAUUUGUGCACUUUCUGAAUGGUUUCUAACUGGACAUGACAUUCCCUUGAAGAUGAACUGCUACGGUUGUACACUGGAGUUUAUUUUUUUCUUUUUCACUCCACCUCAUGCCUACAGGCAGUAAAGACAAAAAGCGAGAGAAAACAAUCGAGCUAAGCAUUCCUAUGACAUGCUGUGGUCAUAUUGUCUUCAUUGAUCCAAAACAUCCUAACUGCUUGUGACUGGCUGGAUGCCAACAAAGACCAACUUGUUGGGAUAGUCCUCCGGCCAAGAAUUCUGGAAAUGGACGAGGAUGAAGUUACAUACACAAUUAAAAAAUAAGAACAAAGGGGAGACGAUGAAGAGACUGAAGAAGUCCUGUCCACCUUCUUAUUUACUUUUGAAUGCCUGAAGGACAUGAACUUUUUUCUUGAUGAGAUACGGGUUAAAAAAAAUAUUCCCAUCAGUUGCUGCUGUUCGACGAAUUAGAUUUUUGUGUUUUAUUUUUUUUCAUGUGGAAAAAACCUACCGUGAUGUCAUUUUGUUCAGUGGAUUUGAUCAGUGAUUCACUGUAAAGAAAAGUGGGGAUGGACUGGCUUUCUGACCUGCUUCAAUAGUUCAUUGUCUACUGAAAUGACCAAUGUAAUGGAUGGAGGACACAGAUGGAUGUCCCAACUGGGAUUGUGUGCUUUAUUUCUUUAAAAUAAAUUCAUAUUUGAACCUGGA